AUGGCAGCUGUUGUGUACCUACGGACAUCGUGCGAGGAAGAGGCAGUAAACAUCAGAUUUGUGGCCUCGAAAACCAAGGUCGCUCCAUUAAAGCGAUUGACAGUCCCCCGAUUAGAGUUAUCAGGUGCAGUCUUAUUAACCAAACUGGUCUCCCAUCUGUUACACGUAUUGGAAUGGAAGAAUCUACGCAUAAUACUGUGGACCGACUCAUCUAUCACACAUACGUGGCUGAACAGCCAUCCCUCUCGAUGGAAGGAUUUUGUCUAUAACAGAGUUUGUCACAUCCAAGAAACAAUACCUCAGGCCGAGUGGAGGUUUGUGCCAGGUACGGACAACCCGGCCGAUUUUGCUACACGAGGUCUAACAACCUCACAGCUGUCGGAGCUUUCAAGUUGGUGGUGUGGGCCUUCAUGGCUCUCCCAACCUUCGUCAGCCUGGCCAAGACUCCCUACGGAAAAGCCCAUACGAGAAAACCUUGAAGAAAGACCUACGAAGGUUCUUUCAGUUAACACCAAGAAUUAUACGCCAUGGGAUCUAAUCAAUCGAUAUUCCAGCCUUGUGAAGUUGUACCGAAUUACGGCCACUUGUCAACGAGCAGUCUCUCGUUUCAAAAGGUGUACCGCCAUGUCAACUUUCGGUCCUCUAACUACGCAAGAGUUAGUGGACGCUAAAUUCUACUGGGUCAAGGAAAUCCAAAGGGCUUCAUUUCAGGGUGAUCUACAGCUGCUCUCCAAGGGGCGACCUAUUUCAAAGUCAAGUCCGCUUGUCCGUCUCACACCAUUUCUAGAUGCCAAGGGACUUCUGCGAGUCGGAGGUCGUCUUCAAUUCUCUUCUCUUUCUCAAGAUGAAAAGCAUCCCCUAAUCUUACCAAGGGAAUCAACUUUGACGUCACUCAUUAUUCGAGAUGCUCACUUGAGGACCUUGCAUGGAGGCACACAGAUCACUUUAUCUCUUUUACGAAGCGAGUAUUGGAUUGUAGGAAGAAGAGCUCCUGUCCGAUCUCUCAUCAUCAAAAGUGUUAAGUGUGCCCGCUACAGACAGACAAGGGCAAAGCAGUUGAUGGGUCAACUACCCGCUACCCGAGUCUCGCCCAAUCGUCCUUUCGAACAUACGGGCAUUGACUAUGCAGGACCAUUCGUGACGAAAACGUGGAAAGGGAAGAACGCACGCACGUAUAAAUCUUACAUCGCGGUAUUUGUCUGCUUCUCGACUUCUGCAGUGCACUUAGAAUUGGUUACGGAUUACACUGCGGAGGCUUUCAUCGCCGCGUAUAAGCGUUUUACGUCAAGAAGAGGAAUUUGCGUCACGCUUUCAAGCGAUUGCGGCACUACGCUCAAAGGAGCAGACGCGGAAUUACGAAGAUUAUUCUCGCAAUCCACGGAGGAGUCAACCAAACUCGCCAGCUACUUGCAAAUGACGGGACGCAGUGGAAGUUUAACCCUCCUUCCGCUCCGCACUUCGGAGGGAAGUGGGAAGCGGGGGUUAAAUCGGUCAAAUACCACCUUCGUAGAGUUAUAG